AUGCAUGACCUCACAGCACUUCCGUACUCUCCCCGGCUUCCCUUCGUCGUCUCCUCUUCUUCCUUCUCUCUUUCCCCCCAACCCACGGUUUUUCUUGAAAAUGACUGCUCUGCGGUUUGUGCGAUCGGUCUGGGAGUCCUUUCGGGCUACUUCGGGAUUGGAGCCUCGCUCUGUGUGACGGCUGCUAGACCGGGAACAGUCAAUUUCGAACUGGACAUUCAGAAGGAGCAUACGAAUCGCCUGAGUAUUCUCCACGGUGGCACCAUUGCUAGCAUGGGUAUGCUGCUAUUGACCAACCCUCUUCUUCUCCUUGGCUGUAUCACUGACUAUAGUUAUGAAGUGGAUCUUGGUGGAUCAUUGGCCGUUGCCUCCCGUGGGCUGUUUGCCACGGGGGUCUCAACCGACCUUAACGUUACCUAUCUCAGCUCGGGAGGUAAAGUGGGUGAUAAGAUUCUUGCCGAGGUCAGCUGUGAUAAAUUUGGCAAAACACUUGCAUACACCUCCAUCAAAUUUCUCAACAGCAAGGGCGAGGUUGUUGCAAGAGGAAGUCACACCAAAUAUGUGGCACUUGCCUGGAAAGACCCUCAAAAUAUUGUUGAAGAGCUCGGUGGGCGUAAACAGCAAUAG